GCCUCUGUCUCCCUCUCUCCACGAACUGCCCAGGAGUGAGCAGCUGCUCUGGACGGCCGACAGACAGACUCACGGACUGCCCGACACCCAAGCCUGCCAACUAGCCAGCCUGCACCCAGCGCUUCCCCUCCCCAGGCAUGCCCACCAUGUGGCCCCUCUGGCUCCUCACGUCCCUGCUGGCCCUGAGCCAGGCCCUGCCCUUUGAACAGAAGGGCUUCUGGGACUUCACCCUGGAUGAUGGGCUGCCCAUGCUGAACGACGAGGAGGCUUCAGGUGCCGACACGACCUCAGGCGUCCCAGACCUGGACUCCCUCACGCCCACCUUCAGCGCCAUGUGUCCUUUCGGCUGUCACUGCCACCUGCGGGUUGUUCAGUGCUCUGACCUGGGUCUGAAGACUGUGCCCAAGGAGAUCUCACCUGACACCACACUGCUGGAUCUGCAGAACAACGACAUCACCGAGCUCCGCAAGGAUGACUUCAAAGGCCUCCAGCACCUCUAUGCCCUCGUCCUGGUGAACAACAAGAUCUCCAAGAUUCAUGAGAAGGCCUUCAGUCCCCUGAGGAAGCUGCAGAAGCUCUACAUCUCCAAGAACCACCUGGUGGAGAUCCCUCCCAACCUGCCCAGUUCCCUGGUGGAGCUUCGCAUCCAUGACAACCGAAUCCGCAAGGUGCCCAAGGGCGUGUUCAAUGGGCUUCGCAACAUGAACUGCAUUGAGAUGGGCGGGAAUCCUCUGGAGAACAGUGGCUUUGAACCUGGAGCCUUCGAUGGCCUGAAGCUCAACUACCUGCGCAUCUCCGAGGCCAAGCUCACCGGCAUCCCCAAAGACCUCCCCGAGACCCUGAACGAACUCCACCUAGACCACAACAAAAUCCAGGCUAUCGAGCUGGAGGAUCUGCUCCGCUAUUCCAAGCUGUACAGGCUGGGCCUGGGCCACAACCAGAUCCGCAUGAUUGAGAAUGGGAGCCUGAGUUUUCUGCCCACCCUGAGGGAGCUUCACUUGGACAAUAACAAGCUGUCCAGGGUGCCCACUGGCCUUCCGGAUCUCAAGCUCCUCCAGGUGGUCUACCUGCAUACCAACAACAUCACCAAGGUGGGCGUCAACGACUUCUGCCCUGUGGGCUUUGGGGUCAAGCGGGCCUACUACAACGGCAUCAGCCUCUUCAACAACCCGGUGCCCUACUGGGAGGUGCAGCCAGCCACCUUCCGCUGCGUCACCGAUCGCCUGGCCAUCCAAUUUGGCAACUACAAAAAGUAGAGGCAGCAGCAGCCUUGCGGUGGUCUGGGUGGGGUCUCUGGGGAGCACAACGGAUGUCCUGAAAGGGGAGGCAGAGCAAGGGAGUAAGGCCAGUGUCCAGUUGCACCCAACCCAGCCCGACCCCUGAUCCCCAACCUUCACUCGCUGCCCCCGACACCCUCACCCUGGCUCCCAAGUGUGCAGAUGGGGCACAAGGCCCGGACCCUAUCACAUGUUCCCUUGGCUUCAGAGCUGCCUCUGUCCUCCCCCCCCUCCGCCCCAGCCCAUAGCCACUCAGAGGUGCCCCACCAAGUUUUCUUCCAUUUUGCCCUGUUACCAAAUUGUCUGAGGCUCCAAUCCAAGGAAACUGGUCCCUGGGUCUGUGGGGUAGGAGUGGAUGAGCAGAGAUGGAGACAGUAGACCCCAGUGAACCCACCACACCUGCCUCAUACACAUUCCUCCUCCUUAUGAAUUUCCAACCCUCCUUGACCCGGUCUGUUACUCUUGGCCCCCAUAGCCCCCACCUUUAUGCAAGUUUAUGGCCUGUCCAUCCGAGCCUCCUUGCUCUACUGACCUCUGGACCAGUCUUCUCCUUCUCUCUUUCUCUCUCUCUUCCUCCCUCUCCUGUCUCACAUCCUUGGACUGGGUUUGGUCUGUCAUGUUAGACCUCUGCCCAGCCCCUGCCCAGGCAAGCUGGGAGUGGGGGACAGCUGCCCCCCACCUACCCUGCCCAGGCCUUGCCCCCAAGCCUGGAUGUUCCUGGCGGCAGUGGAGGUGCUGCACCCCGCACGUGCUUCAGUCAAGAGAGGAUGCACUGGGCUCAGUCAGACCCUGGGAGUCUGGCCUCCCCCCGGAGGGGCCCAGCAUCCUACUGGAGUCCCAAGCACGCUUUUCAUUGUCCCCCUUCCCCCAUGAUGGCUAGGUCUCCCCUCCCCUCUCUUCCGGCCCUUGGUGUGGGGUUUUGAGCAAUCACGCCCAGCUUGAGGAGGGGCUGCUUCUGAGGUCGGUUGUUGUCUUUCAAUUAAAGAAACACUGUGCAAUAUG